UCUGUCAGACCUACGUUCCAUUUCUUCCAAAAAGUUUGCACCUUUCGCACAUCGUCAUGGCCCCAAACCCGGAAUCCGAAACCGGGUCGGGUCUGAGUAAGCGAAACGGAACGAGCAUCUCCGAGUUGAUUUCCGAGUUGCGCGACUCGUUCCUGACUAGCGACUUUGACCGAGUCGAGAAGGUGUUAUUGGCGCGGGAAGAGAGGCUGGAGGCAGAGCUCGACGAGAAGGAGAGAGAAAUUGGGUCCCUCAGAGAAAAAAUGGCUAUUGAGAGGUUGGGGAGGAUAAAUGCGGAGUUGGAACUGGAGAAGCUGAGGCAGAAGAAGGUGGUGAGGAGUGAUAAUGGAUUUGGUUUGGAUUGUGAGAUUGUUGUGAAGAGGGAAAAAUGCAAUGUUGAUGGUGGUGGUGAAGUGGAAGGUGGAAAGGUUGGAGCUUUGGGAAAAAAGGAGAAAAGGGUUGCUGCCUUGGAGAGUGAGAAGGAGAGGAAUGUUUGUGAGCAGAAGAAGGAAGUGGUUGGAAUCAGUGGCUCUUUGUCUUUGAAGACAAACGAAGGUGGUUUAGGUGCUUCAGAAUUGGGGAAAAUUGAGGAUGCUAUUAUUAUAGGAAAUGAUGAAGAUGAAGCAACAUUGGACAAGAAGGAGACUGGUAGUGACCAUCAAAGUUCAGCAGCAGCAGCAUUCCAGAAAAAGACAGGAUUGACUUCAAGCAUUGGGAAUCUGAAAAGGAAAUUUGUUUCUUCGCCCAAAUUGGAUGCGAAUGUCUUGAAGGGCUUAGAUAGUGAUGAUUCCUCUUCUAGUUCAAGUUCCAGUUCUAGUUCUUCUAGUCCAUUUGAUAUGGAUAGUCUACCUCUUCCAAAGAAUAAGAAAACUAUAACAGAUGCAACAAGUUUUAGAUUGAAUUCAUUACAAAGGUAAAGAGGUAGAACAUAGAUGUAGGGCAAUAUAGAUCACAUAAUUGAGGGUGGGAAAAGGGAGAAGUGCGUGAUGAUGUUAGGGUUUUUCUUGUGGUAUAUGUGGGAAA